AGGCAACCCUCUCAAACUCGGUAUUGCCUCUCUCUCUCUCUCGAUCGAUUCGAUCUUCCCCCUUUUCUACAAAAACCCUAACCAUCUCCAAUCUUCCAAAAUACAUAAAUCUGCCUCUGAAAACCUUCAAAAUCUCCAUCCAUAUCCAACCUUCCCCCAAAAAAUUCCAAAACCAACCCUCACAAUGGCCAAAAUUACCAACCGGCCCACCUGAUCAUGCCCCGAUUCCAAGCCCUUUCAUCUCCGAUUGCAUGGGCGAAUAAUGCCAGAGCUGCGCAGCGGGGUACGUAGAAACCGUGCUCCUCCAAUAGAUCUCCGCCGCAAGCCAAGAGGGCGGGCAGCCGCGAAAAAGCCCGAGCCGAAGCCCGGUAAUUACGUAAGAACCAGGGCGGCCGUAGCGAAGGAGGCGGCGGCGGCAGCAGCAGCGGGGCCGAAGGUGAAGCCGAAGACGAGGACGAGAUUGGCCGCGGCAAGGAAUAACAACAACAAUCGGGCCAAGGUUGCCGCGGCGGGGCCCGCUGAGGAGGAGAAGGUAGUCGUCGUUGAGGUGGGGUCUGAUCAUCAAGGAGGAGGAGUCGAUCGGAGGGAGGAGAUGAUGGGGGACGACAGUGGUGGUUUGAGCGCGAAUAGGGCAAUCGGGCAGGAGGAAGAAGGGAGCACGGCGCCCUUCCCGGAGAGGGUUCAGGUAGGAGGAUCUCCUGUCUACAAGAUCGAGAGGAAGCUUGGUAAAGGUGGAUUCGGUCAGGUAUUUGUUGGUCGUCGUGUCACUGGUGGGAAUGAUCGUACGUCUGGCCCCGGUGCUCUGGAGGUGGCUCUAAAAUUUGAGCAUAGGAGCAGUAAAGGUUGUAAUUAUGGUCCUCCAUACGAGUGGCAAGUUUAUAACACGCUCGGUGGCAGUCAUGGGGUGCCUAAAGUACACUAUAAAGGACGUCAAGGCGACUACUAUGUAAUGGUCAUGGAUAUGUUGGGUCCUAGUCUGUGGGAUGCAUGGAAUUCGUCUGGUCAAGCGAUGUCCUCCGAAAUGGUAGCUUGUAUUGCUGUUGAGUCCAUCUCAAUCUUAGAGAAGAUGCAUUCUAGAGGUUACGUCCACGGAGAUGUGAAGCCUGAAAAUUUUCUACUUGGUCAGCCGGCUACACCGCAGGAAAAGAAGUUAUAUCUUGUUGAUCUAGGAUUAGCAACAAAAUGGAGAGAUAGUACUAGUGGCCAGCAUGUUGAAUAUGAUCAGCGCCCAGAUGUGUUCAGAGGGACCGUUCGAUAUGCUAGCGUUCAUGCCCACUUAGGAAGAACUGCAAGCAGAAGGGAUGAUCUAGAAUCUCUUGCAUAUACGCUCAUCUUUCUUCACCGGGGCAGGCUACCAUGGCAGGGAUAUCAGGGUGACAACAAAUCUUUUCUAGUUUGCAAGAAAAAGAUGGCAACUUCUCCUGAAAUGCUGUGCUGCUUCUGCCCUCCUCCUUUUAAGCAAUUUCUGGAGAUUGUUGUGAACAUGAAAUUUGACGAGGAGCCUAACUAUUCGAAGCUAAUAUCGUUGUUUGAGGGGCUAAUAGGGCCAAACCCGGCUAUUAGGCCAAUUAAUACUGAUGGUGCUCAGAAGAUAAUCUAUCAAGUUGGUCAAAAACGGGGCAGGCUGACCAUUGAUGAGGAAGAUGAUGGACAACCAAAGAAGAAGGUCCGUUUAGGAGUUCCUGCUACUCAGUGGAUUUCAGUUUACAAUGCCAGGCAACCAAUGAAACAGAGGUACCAUUAUAAUGUGGCUGAUAAUCGACUGGCCCAACACGUUGACCGAGGCAUUGAAGAUGGUUUGCUUAUAAGUUGUGUAGCAUCUUGUUCCAAUCUUUGGGCACUCAUUAUGGAUGCAGGAACUGGGUAUACACACCAAGUUUAUGAACUCUCCCCGUGCUUCCUACACAAGGAAUGGAUCAUGGAGCAGUGGGAGAAAAAUUACUACAUCAGUUCUAUUGCUGGUGCUAACAAUGGAAGCUCUCUUGUGGUGAUGUCUAAAGGUACCCAAUACACGCAACAGUCUUACAAAGUCAGUGACUCCUUCCCCUUCAAAUGGAUAAAUAAGAAGUGGAGAGAAGGAUUCCAUGUGACUUCGAUGGCAACUGCCGGCAGCCGAUGGGGUGUUGUCAUGUCCCGCAAUGCAGGCUUUAAUGACCAGGUGGUUGAACUUGAUUUUCUUUAUCCAAGCGAGGGCAUCCACAGACGCUGGGAUAGUGGCUACCGGAUAACAGCAACAGCCGCCACCUGGGAUCAGGCUGCUCUGAUCCUCAGUGUACCCAGGCGCAAACCCGGGGAUGAAACUCAGGAGACUCUACGCACAUCUGCCUUUCCUAGUACUCAUGUCAAGGAGAAAUGGGCGAAGAAUCUCUAUCUUGCAUCCGUGUGCUAUGGGCGCACAGUAUCUUGAAGUGUGGGGAUGUCAGCACAUGUUAGAGAUAUUCCAGGGCGUGGGUACUUUUUCUCUUUUUGUUCGUGCAGACGACGGACCCUCGCAUACACACUUCAGGAGGAUGUGCACCUAUCAGAAAUAACCAAGAAAGGUGUUGUUGUCUUUAAUUUUAUUUUUAUCCCUUUUUAAGUGUAUAUUUUUUUUUUUGCUGGAAAAUUGGUGCCAGGAGCUUAAACUGCAGUGGCAAGAGGACCCAGUACUGUGCUCCGAUGUAUUAUAUAUUUUUAUAUAUGUCAUCGAAUGGUACUACUAGAAAUGGGGGCAUGCAGAAAUUGUAGAAGCAUGAUUGCCGUUCA